CCUCCGCAGCGCACGGAGAGCUGUUGACGCAUCUGCGCCAGCCAAUGAUCUGCAGUAUCCAACAGACGCAGGGCCCGACUGGCCAAUGAAAGAACAGCAGGGGGCGGGACGUGUCCGGUCCACUCACACCUUCCACACAUCGAAAAAUCAGUGUAGCUGGAGAGUGAUAGAGUUUCGGCCGUGGUCCGAGAGUGGCCCUUCACACCGACACAUACGCAGGGGCUGCUUCACGGGGACGCGCACGGGGAUACGUGCCGACAUGGACGUGUCCGUUUGACCCGGUCUCUCCAGCAGGUCCACCGCAGCCGCUAGAAUGUCGACGGCAGAAGGAGCCAGCCAGCGCGAGGAGGGGGAGUACGGAAGGGCGGCCAAGAGGCUGAAAACGGAGGAGAGAGAGGAGAGGGAGGAGGGGGAGGAGGGGGAAGAGGAGCUGGAGGAGGGGGAGGAUUCGGACUCCGGCUCGCUGCCCGGUAACGUGGAGUCAGCGGGGGCCCGGUGGAGCGAGAGCCACUACGAUGCAGGACGCAAGGAUAAUGGCGAGGACUCCCAUCGCAUCUCUCCCAGCCCUGUGGUCCAUGUCAGGGGUCUGUGUGAGGCCGUGGUGGAAGCAGACCUGAUAGACGCCCUGGAGAAGUUUGGCUCCAUAUGUUAUGUGAUGAUGAUGCCGUUCAAGCGCCAGGCCCUGGUGGAGUUCACUGCGGUGGAGAGCGCCGACCGCUGCGUGUCCUGUGGAGCCAAGGAGCCUGUAUACAUCGCAGGUCAACAGGCGUACUUUAAUUACUCCACAUCCAAGAGGAUCACCAGGCCGACCAACGCUGACAACCCCAACAGUGGCAACAAGGUGCUGCUGCUCUCCAUACAGAAUCCCCUCUACCCCAUAACCACGGAUGUGCUGUACACCGUGUGUAACCCCAUCGGCAGCGUGCUGAGGAUCGUCAUCUUCAAACGAAAUGGAAUCCAGGCCAUGGUGGAGUUUGAGUCGGUUCAGUGUGCUCAGAAGGCCAAAGCUGCUUUGAAUGGAGCUGACAUCUACGCUGGUUGUUGUACGCUCAAGAUUGAAUAUGCACGGCCAACACGUCUGAACGUGAUUAAGAAUGACAACGAGAGCUGGGACUACACUAAACCAUACCUGGUCAGACGAGACCGUGGAAAGGGAAGGCAAAGACAGGCCAUACUAGGAGAACACCCAUCGUCCUACAGUGAUAACGGCUACGGUUCCCCUUGCCCCCUGCUGCCUCUGCCAGGCAACAGCAGGUACAAGCUCACCUCAGCGGACGUUCCAGACAUGGUGUCCUACCCGCUGCCUCAGUCCUCGUCCUCAUACUCUGCCCACGCACCUAGCUCCGUCGCCAUGGUGAGCGGCCUCCAUUCAUCCAAGAUGAACUGUACCCGCAUCUUCAACCUCUUCUGCCUCUAUGGCAACAUUGAGAAGGUAAAGUUUAUGAAGAGUGUGCCUGGCACAGCACUGGUAGAGAUGGGAGAUGAGUAUGCUGUGGACAGAGCCAUCACACACCUUAACAGCAUCAAGGUGUUCGGCAAGAGACUCAAUGUCUGUGUGUCCAAGCAGCACGCAGUGAUUCCCAGUCAGGUGUUUGAGUUGGAGGACGGCAGCAGCAGCUACAAGGACUUCGCCAUGACGAGAAACAACCGCUUCAGCAGCGCCGGACAGGCUUCCAAAAACAUCAUCCAGCCUCCAUCUGCAGUGCUGCACUACUACAACGUCCCUCCGUGCAUCUCCCAGGAGCAUCUACUCAGGCUGUGUACAGAGCACGACGUGCCCGGCUUCGUCAAAUUCAAGAUGUUUGAUGCCAAACCCUCCUCUAAGACCAUCUCUGGCUUGUUGGAGUUUGACAGUAAGACGGAAGCAGUGGAGGUUCUUACUGUUCUCAACCACUACCAGAUAAGGAUACCCAAUGGAUCCAACCCAUACACCCUGAAACUGUGUUUCUCCACCUCGUCUCAUCUAUAAGACGUUGCAGAGCACAAGAAGAGCCCGGUGAUGGCCGGCCUUUGACCCGGGAGAGGGAGAUGGACUCAUAGACAGGUGCAGCAGAGAUGGAUGAAAGAAGAGGAAGAUGAGUGAGACAAAUGUGGAAGGAGAUGAAGAUGGUGACGUGUUAAGGGGAGCCAAGAAGCUGUCUCCACACUGAACAUUAGGCACACGGUCAUCCUCUAAUAUCCCAUCACAACCUACAGAAAUACUCUAGCAAUGGCAGACAGACCAAAAGACAAAAAAAAAGAACGGAAGACAUGCCGAGCAAAAUCCAGGCAAUAAGACAGAAAGACGUGUUUAGGAAAUGGAUGAAUACAGUGUGUGUACAUUUAUAACAUGGGUUAUUACGCUGGGCUCAUUAGUGCCAUAAUUCAAACUCUGAUGGGCAGAUUGUCAUGCUAAUUACUGAGCACAUUCAUUCUUCUAAGAGGAUAUUUUCUUUACAUUGUGGACACUCUGGAUCUUCCAUUGGCGCUAGAAAUAUCCAUUUUGCAGAUGGACCCUUUUGAUUGGUUCUAUUUAAUAUUUCUGGUGCUUCUAUAAGAACAGUAAAGCUUUUGUGUUUUGCAUUCUGUCUUUCAAAGUGCGGGGAUGUUAUGAAAUGACUGAAGGGGGUUCUGCUUAUCACUACUUUGUGGCAGAGCAUGUUAUUAGCAGCAGAAAGGAGGCCGAUGCCAUGUGACAGGUGGGAAAGCAAAGUGAAAAUAACGAGCAGCUCUGUGUCCACUACUGAUAUUCAUCAUUUCAGAAAAGCAACAUUUCCGGCUUCAAAACCAAUUAUAUUACCCUGAGUAUUUCAUUAUUACGUCUUCCGUUAUUAAAUGUAUUUAUUAACCUUUUAUUGAAAAAUAGAACGCGGCAGUACCAUUCUGUGGUGUAUCUGGUAGGGUCCUCUUGCUUUACUGAAACCUCGACUCAUUUACAGAUUCUCUAUAUGACAUUCAGGUCAUUAAUAUCUCAUCAUCCACUUCCACCAAUGUAAGGUAGAGGAGUACCGCUAAUGUCUCGUUGUGUUCCCCUCUCCUUGUCCUCACAGUCACUGGACUUCUGUGCAUGUUAAUGCUUGUGAGUGUGCCAUCUGGUGAAAGUGGGUGUCAGUGAGCUUUGCUCCGAUGGGCCACUCCGCCCUAUUUUAGUAUAUAUAUAUACUAAAAUAUUAGUUUCACCUUUUAAGUUGAAUUACUGAAAGUAAUGAGCUUUUGCACAAUAUUCUAAUUUUUCGAGUUUCACCUGUACAUCGGUGGGAUUGAAGAAUCAUAGGAUGACUUUAUUGGUUGGGUUCAGCAUGAGGUCACAAUUGACAAAUUGCUUUUACCAUUCCACAAUAUUCAAGGUUUUUUUGUCUUUUAUUAUCAAAAAUGGCAUUUAUGGCAUAUAUUUGUUCUCACAUUCAUAAAUAACAUUUAAUUAUAGACACUUGACAAAUCUAGAGGGUUUCGGCCAAACCAAGAAAACAAACAAACAUAAAAGCGAUACAGGGGCCAUCCUUACCCUGAAGGCUCCCAUUAUUGAGGAAUGAUCAUACUUCACACCUUUUCAUACAUAGUUGAUACAUAUCUGUCGUAUAAUUCAGCCCCAUCAUACAACAUGACCAACAUAAAACACUGCAAAAACAAAGCAGGACCAGACCAUAAUAUUCAAGGCCCAUUAGUCAUAGUUCCUACCAGGACACCUUUUAACAGUUUAAGAGGGACCAUAUAUGGUUCUUUGGCGUACCCCCAUGAGAGGGACCUUAAUGGUUACGGGUUUACCGGCUACCUUACCUCAUCCUGAACCAACCCAGGAGGUUCUAUGGACCACUAUCCAUCUAGGGUUUCAUCUAGAACCAUCAGGGCUCCGGCUGCUCAACCCACAACCAUCAUGGUUGACACUCACAGACUUAGGGGAUGUGAGCUAUGUAAACCAUGCUCUCAUUAAUUGUUGAAAUGUUGGUUCUUUGGAUGAAAAGGUUUUUUAUUGAAACCAUAAGUCUUAUUUUAUUUAGAUAUUUUUGUAAGGCAUAGCCAGGCAAUUUCACGGCAUUUCAAAGUGCUUCACAUAAAACCAUUAAAAACAUCCAAACAUAAAGAAGUGAAAACAAUAAAGAACAUGGAUUGAACCACAGGACGUGACGAAGCGGUUCUAUGUAGAACCUCCGCCCUUCAGCAGCAAACCUUUUGGAACGUGUUGCAGCUAAAACUCGUUCCUUUGAAUCCAUGGUGCAACGUAACACUGCAAGGGUUUUAACGCUCCUUUUGUGUCCUGGCCUAGAAAACCAACAUCAACCUGCAUUACAAGAGUCAUUCAACAUGUGUAUACUAGUGCAGUAAAUUCAUCAUUUUUUCAUUGUAAUGGCGUCGUAGCAGCUGUUAUUGGAGCGCUGUGUCCAGCCCUGUGAAGCGGACAUUCGUCAAGUCCCCUUGAGAAGGGUGAUUGACUUUCUUUUUAUUUCAUUUGUCAUUAUUUUGUUUCUGCCCAUCUAUUGUGAAGUUCACAAAGAAACUGUUAACAUACAAAAGCAUGAAUGCUACCUGAAUCAGAAUGAGUGAUUGACACACUGGCCGCAGAAACAUUUUAUUUCAGUGUGAGAGAAAAAAAAAGGAAGACCUGCUUCUUUGUAAAUAAGUUUGAAAAAUGCUUUUUGGGGGGAAAUUGGUCCAUUUGAGUAGAUAGUAUGGAGGAAGGAUAUGAGUAGAGGAAGAUUACAAAGCAACCUUUUAUUACCGAGGACUACAAUACAACUGUUCAUCUCUGUAACUAACAAACCAGUGUACUUCCUGUUUAUACUGGCGCGCCCAGUGCACGUGAAUAGUCAUGUAAGAUUCCUUCUCAGACGUGUUCGAUAGAAAUCAUUUCUACAACAGCUGUGUGGAUGUAGCCUCAGUUCAGCAGAACCUUUUAAAUGCCCCUGAACUACUGAAGCGCACUACAGCUGCAUAAAUCUGUACGUUAAAGUAGCACGAGGAACUAGCUCUCCAAUUUGGGUAUUAAUCGAAUUCUCAGAUUCCUUAAGAAUGAGCUGAUCUUAUCUUCAAACUCAGUAUGUAUCAUUUCAUCUUAGUCGUACCUUAAAAUCAGUAUCACCUCUGGACAAAAUGCCUGUGUUCAUUUUGAAAAAAUAAAUAUAUUCCUAUUUGCACUGCGCAUGGAAAACUACUGGAAUUACAUAUUAAAGUGUCUUAUUUUUCUAAUCUAAUGCUCAUGCAAGAUGUCUUUUGGUGUAUAGAAUAGAGGUGAAUAGACUAUUGCAGGCCGUUCCUCUGGUGAAGCACAGUCUUUGUUCCGUCCGGUGUCUCAUCGUUCCAAUAAAAUCACACUUGUGAAUUAAGACAUGCUUUUGUACACAAUAUGUAAAUAAGGAAAAGGUGUGAAAUGGUUUAGGAAAUGACUCCCACUUUGUCUCCAGUUAAAUUAUUGCUCCUUUAGAUGUCAUUUGUACAUUCCCUGUGCGAUUAAAUCUUUAGAUUUAUUCCUUUUGAAGUUUUUGAAGCCUUUAAGGGGGUUUGGUACAUGGGGCUUGUUGUUACUCUGAUUCUGAUGUGAGUUUUUCAUCACAGGACACAAAUCCACAUGUUGCUUGUGAUUUUGAGGCUAUAAAGGUUUAAUGUUGUUAGCAGUCCGUAGUCACUAAAUAAAGACAUAGAACUAUGAGUGUUUUAAUAAUUUAAGAAUCUCUGUUGUUGUAAAUGAUAUGUACAUGUCCAGAUGUAAUAAAUGAAGAUUUGCAGUUGUAAGGGCAGCUACAAACAGCUCAA